UUUUUAUUGCAUAUUUUUGACUUUGUUUACCUACAUUUUCAUUAUAAGACUUCGAAGAAACGAUUUUUUCAUUGACAGUUUUUUUAAACAAGUUUACGUGUUUUUGUUCAACCAUUGCUCAACUGAUUGUUGCAUGUUAGCUAGAUCCUAAUAAACUUUGUUUUUCUUCACUGUGCAUUGUGAGAACUUUGAAGUCAAUCACAAACUAAAACAUGUUUUAGCACCCAAGUUGUUGUCACCAUGUUAUAUAAAAGAAUUGGUUCAUGCUUUCAGCUGUGCAAAUAUUGAGUUAUGGAUGCACUUGGGAAGUUUGGAGAGCACUUAAGUAGCUAGAGUUGCUCUUGGCUGUCGCCUUGAGCAACUCUUACAUUUCUCUCAUGCUCUCCAAACUUCCCAUGUUCAUCCAUGACUCGAUAUAUGCAUGCCAAGCAUGAACCAAUUCUUUAAUUCUGAUUGGUUCUCUGAGUGGUCCAAAUUCUGUAAUACAGACCCCUCAGAUGGACCGUUCACAAAGCAGUUUCUCUGAAUUACUUUUUCAAAACAUUGCACUCGUAACGAAAACAGUUCAUUGUGAAGUAGGGGUAUUUUUUCCUUGAUUUCAUGUUUGGCAGAAGAUUCCACUUGAAAUCAGUUGAAAUCACGAAAUCACUGUGAAUGGACGUAUAUAAAUCCUAUAUCUUUGGCAUGCAUGUUUACCAAUACUAAAAAUGGAUUGCAUGGAUGCAUUAUUUCUCUUUCCUGAGAGGUCUGCUAAGAUGAUUGACAGCAGCAUUCAAGACACAAAAUUGUUGAUUGAGCAGGGUUUGCAUGUUAUUGAAAGGCACAGUAAAGCUAACAGGUCUCUGGGCUUAAAGACCCAGGCUAGCAUAUCUCAGAAAUGACUGUCUGUAUGACCUGGGACUCCCUGGAGCCUGGGUGUAUGGGAUCAUUUAUCACCAACACUACGUUCUGUCUCAGGUAUUGACUGGCAGCAUUCCUGCAAAGUUGACGUGAGUACAGCUUUGCAGGCAUACAGAUGGCUGUCUGCAAAAAAAUUUCCUACAGAACUUCAUCGUUCAUUGGCAAUGGCUGACAAUAGAAUUUAUGAUGUACCUACUGGACUGUCCAGACUAGUCCAACAAAUCAGGCCUAUUUGAGUACAUGUACCUUUUUGACAUAUUGCCAGAGGAUUGAAUAGAUGGAUCAACAAAUGUUGUGAUGUUGGAUCUUUGCAUACACUAAUUUAUCUCCUGGUAAUUUAUGUUUACCAAUCAGCUACAUGAUUAUACAAAGACAGAUGAUUAAAAUAAUAAAUAUUAAAAAUAAAAAAGGAGACAUGUUGUCCUCAAUUGAACCUUAGAAUUCUCCCAGUGAUUACAAGAAUUGUAGUGCAGUUAGUAUCUAUGAGAUUUGAAGUUUCAAGCCUAGAAAUACAAAGAACUGAGAGAGAAAUUGUUUGAAUAUACAUGGACACUUUGUGCUGUUUUUUACAUUCAUUAUAAAUCAUUUUUCUCACUUCGUGCUUUUUCGUAACAGAUUAUUUGUGACAGUAAGUCAGGUUCUGUGAGACCUCAUGUCUGUACUUUUAAAUUAUUAUUUUUUUACCAGCACUGACAGUGCUUGUUUAUCCUUUUACACCCUGAAGAUAUUCCAUGUAAACAUUUCAAAUGGGAAUCAAAGCAAUCUGAAUAUAUCAUCAGUUAUUUAGCAACUGAAUAUGUUUGGGCAAUAAAAUUCAGGAUCAUUUUGUUUCUUUUGGAUAAUACUGCUUUGCAUUUAUUAUUUGUGGUCAAUGAUAUAAUUGGGAAAUUUAACCCAAGGGUAAAUUUUAAAAAAAUUAUUUGCAACACCUUUCUUACCAAUUUUGUCGAUAUCUAUGUUUUCUUUUGGUGAUACAACUUUGUAUACUAGUUACAGUAUAGUCACAAUUUUUCUUUGAAUUUUUUUUUUAAAGGUAUACACGUAUACUCCUUAUUCAGGUUUACCCCACAUUGUGUUAUACAUGUAACUGAUAUUCUUUCACUAAAAACAGAUGGAUUCAAAGGAUCCCUAAAUAGGAAAUGUGCAUUACUUAUUAAUUUUCUUAAGUCUUAGCAUGUUCCAGUAGUCUAUGUGAAAUGAAAUUUUUAAUUAAGGACAACAGCUGAAUAGAGUUAUUUUUCAUUCUUAACUCACUGUAUUGUUUGAUUUUUGAAAAAAGUUAGAAACAUCUUUUGUUCUGUUGCAUUAACUCGAUGCAAAUUUGCUUACAAUGAAUUGAUUUUGCUUCCACUAUAGUGCAGUGAUGAAAGGAUUUAUUUAGCUGAAUCGUUACAAAAUCUAUUGGCUAGUAAGGUUCAUUGUAGUGACAAAAAUAUUCCAUUUUAUUCAUGGUACUUUGGCGCUAAUGUUAUAAGUGGUUAUGUGGCAUGUGAGUGAAACUGGUGCCUGAAUAACUGGGUCUGACAAGAGAUGAAGCACUCAUUUUAAUUCACGGUGACAGUGUGAAGGAUGACGGAGUUGCCAGACUCGAUUCAAGUUAAAAAAUGCAUAAGAUCAAGGUACCAAGAGUUUUGAAUAUUUAAUUAUAGCAUAUUUUUCUAAUCCUGAAAAUUCUUUGUACACUCUUUAGAAUCUGUUCUAUUCCCAUGAUGAUAUGUCCAGUUGCAUUGUUACCAUGCAUGCAGACUGACACUGAAUGAUUUCUAACAUAAACAUUGCCACAAAAAUAGAGGCUCUUGUUGAUGGGAAGGUCAUAUGAUGAAUGUAAAUAUCUUCAACUGAAGAAUUAACCUUAACAUUCCAUGAGGUUAAGCGAUAAAUAAUGUUAUGUAUUAUCUUUUGUAAAAAAGAAGACUAAACCACAAAACUGAACAAAUCUUACGUGCAUACAAUUAAGCUACUUGUAUGUAACGUUGUUUUGCAAAAUAGAUAUUUGCCUGAUUUUGUGCUUACACAAGUUUUAAAAUAACAGUGUCACAGUAUGUUUGUAGCCCUUUCAUUGUUUUCUGCCUUUCAUGAUGUAAAAUAGGAUUUUCAAACAAUAAUGAAUUGCAACAGAAUGAUGUACAGUAAAGAGAUGCAUACUAUAAUGUUCUAUAAGUCUUCUAAAUGGAAUAAACUAAAUGAAGAGAAUGCAAAUAUCAGAGGAAUCUUUACAUUUACAAGUCUGAGGCAUUGUUUUUAAAACAGGAUUAGAAAUAGUUAUGUUCAACAUACUGUUCACUGAAUUGAAGUCAGACAUGUUAAGUACUGCAAAAUACCAUGAAUUGUCUGCCAAGUGGCAGUUUUACCUUACAGUUUGAUGAAAUAAUAUCACUCAAUAAUUUUAAUUUGUCAUCUAAGACUAUUAUUGCUGGGAAUAGAUGAACAUUCUUGAUUUAUAAUAUUCUUUGCUUAACACAAAAUUACUUGGAAGAAAAAUUCUGGACAUUGUCUUUUUUGCUCAAUAUUAUGGUUUUAAAUGACAGUCAUGUUGUGAUAGCAGAUGGAUUAGUCAAUAGCUGUUAUCUGUGAUUAUUUCCUGGGACAGACCUGGGCAUGUCUAUAAGACUUUGCCCUCAAAUUGCCUUGAGCUUGACCACUGGCUAUGUUUAUACGUGUAUGUUGAUCAGGCUGGUCAGACAAGAUUCCUUUUACAAUACAUGUACACAAUGAGUUCUGAUUAUGUAGACUUUGGACAUAACUUGAGAAGGUCUUUGAUGACCAACUUGUGUAGCACAGAAAACAGAGUUAGUCUGGAUGUCGUCAAAACGUAUUGUUCACCUUAUGUUAGAGUUUAUCUUCUCAGGCUUCAAAGGCUUCACCUGGCAGCAUUGGCUUCUCUGAAAACAGAAAUUGUUGAGCUGACAGGUAAAGUCCAGCAGUUGACAGAGGAGAGAGACCAACUUCAAGCAUCACUUGCACAUGCUGCCCAGGAGCGUAAGGAGCUGAUCCAUGAUUAUGAAGACAGACUGACUUCCCAGGCACAGCACAGUGAACAGCACAUCACAGAACUGCAGAGUGUUAUCGCUGAGCUCAACAAGAAGCUCUCUCAGUCCACUGUGGAUAAAUUUGAUGAGUCUGAAGAACAUGAAAUCGAAUCACAGACAUCAGAGCAUGGUUCCCAGAGUGAAUCUGACAGCCUAGCUUCUGAGGAAGGUGUGAACGAUGAUAAUACUGAUGAUGAGUUGUCUAAAGUAGUUGGCGGGCUGGAGUUUGCUAUUGACAGACAAAAUACUGAUUCCAUGGUAGAGGAAAAGAUACCUGUGACAGUACCGGCAAGUAAGCCUGUAGAAGAGAAAGCCACAGAAGACACUGAGAAGAAGCCGCUACAUCAGUUACAAUCACUUUCAAGACCUGUAAUUGACACCGAAAAGACAGCAAAGGAACAGGAAAAUCUGCAGGCUAAAUGCAGAGAGUUGAGAGUUCAAUGCCUAGACCUGGAAAAGAAGAAACAGUUAUUGGAACGUCAGUUACAGCAGACAAGUUUAAAAGAGUGGGUGUCAAGGAAAAAGUCCUCUGGAAGCACAGGAACACCAGACGAGCUCCAGUCAGUGACCAGUGAAAGAGAUGGUCUGAAGGCUAAACUCAAGAAAACCGAGUUAGAUCUGGAGCAGAUCAAAACUGAAAAUCAGGGCUUUAGGGAGGAGAGGGACAGGCUCAGAAGAAGGGUUCUUGAAAUGCAGGAUCAGCUCAAACUGCUCCAUCAGAAAUCACUUCAGUAUGAACAGCAAGCCAGAACACGGACCAACAGCCUUCAAUCACAGGGUACCCAGCCCAGAUCCCCCAGCACACCACGGCGAAACACUCAACCAUCGUCCGGUCAGUCAGGACCCCGCAUGCACAGCAGACAAGCCAGCUUGGGUGCUUCCUCAGAUGUCUCGGGUAAAGAAGGCUUUUUGACAUCGCCCCGUAUCUCAAGGCGCUCCAGUACUGAUAGUUUAAGUAUGCAUAGUCACGGUCGAGGUUCUCAGCCCACUCCAAAUGGGCAGGUCCGCAGACCAAGCAUCUCGGAAGGAGUGUGGGCGACUUCUGAUGGUAGCCCAGCUCGACCGUUACGUCAUCCAUCAGGUAGUGUUCAGUCCAUCUCCAGUCAGGCGUUCUGGAGGCCUGGUGCAACUAGUGAUCUGGGAUCGUCCAUGCAUGGUUCUCAAGAGAUUACAGUUGUGGCGAAAAUGGUGGACGAUGGGACGCAAAGUCCAGCAAUCACUGGGGUGAACUGUAUCAAAGCUCUUAGUCAGCUACCUGAAUUUCCAUCUGGUAAACUGCCUUCGGAUCUCGUUCAAGCCCUGGAGAGUUGCAGGACGGCUCUAGACGUGUUUAAGGCGCUCUUCACUUUCUGCGAUGCACAGGCCGACAAAAAGCUCAAGGAAUACGAGCUCGAAAUUGAAAUGUUAACAAGUCGCUUUGAUCAUUUACAGGCUCAAAACAAUGUGAUCUCUUUGUCUUUAGAAGAGAGUCGAAACAACGCGGACAGAAUGUGUGUUCUCAUGGGAAAAUACGAGUCGAACUGUACUGCACUUCAACUGGCGUUAAACUUUUCUGACCGAGUCAUCGAGACAUAUGAAGUGUUGUUACAGUUAUCUGAAGCGGAGCAAGCCAGGCUUUUUGCCAACUGUCGCGCGGCUGGUGUUAAAACUGGUCUUCACAGCUACGUAACGUCAUGUAAUGACUCGCCAUAUAGACUCAUGUACGCCGAAGAAGCCGAAGCCGAAGAAAAUGAUCGUGUGCCCGAAGAUGUUGAUUCGUGCGUAAAUCGGAGAAGAACGGCGGAAAACGAAGCGCGCUCGCUGUUGCAAAAACUUGAUCGUAACUUCGAGAGCCAAAAUGGCGGCGGUCAGCCGUGGGAAUCUGUAUCAUCAAACAGUAGAACUAGCUCAACGGGUUCAUCAAAUGAUAUGGAGUUUACUCCAGAAGAAGAGGCCAGAUUAAAAAGUUACAUUCAACAGUUAAAAUCCGAAAGGUCUACGGUCGGCCUAACUGUAAUCGAAUUGGAAAGUUUGCACGAAGUGGCGCAACCCAAAGAUUUGAAACUGGAACCACUUGAUCCCAAAGUGGACUUGGAAAACGCCGUACUUAUGCAGGAAUUAAUGGCGCUCAAGGAAGAAAAAGCAGAAUUGAAAGCUAAGAAUUAUUUAAUUGAAAAAGAGAAGAAAGCUUUAGAGCUCAAGAUCACGUCACGUGACGCCCAGGAACAGGCGUACCUUGUUCACAUCGAACAUUUAAAAACUGAAAUGCAGGAUGAGAUACGGAGAAGGAGGAGAUUGCAGAAAGAUGCUGGCGUCGCCAGUAGCAAGUCGGACGAAAAAUCAGGAGGAAGCCCUUCGGGAACACCGUCCAUUACCCUUGCGGAACUGAAAACAUCAGACGAAGACAUCCCACCGGAUUUGUACGAAGCUGCCAGGAGAGAAAAGAAGCUGAAAGCGAGAAUCCAGGAAUUGGUUGAAACACUGGAGAGUCUGUCGAAAAACUCCGAAACAAGACAUCAACAAACAGCCGAAUACGUGGCAGACUUGAAGAAAGCGAAUGGCGCACUCGUGGCAGCUUACGAGAAAGCGAAGAAGAAACACGGAGCCAGGCUAAGAAAACUGGAGCAGCAGAUGAUCACAAUGGUGGAGAGACAUGACGCUCAGGUGAGAACUAUGAAAGAGAGGAUAUCUCUCCUGGAGGAAGAACUCAAGACGACAACAGCGCGUCAAAACGAAACUGCGCUUUAGUUCUUGCCUGCCAAGUGACAAGCCAUCUUCCCGUGAUACCAUGCUAUCAUUUUGCUCCUGAAAAUGGGAAAACUACGUCAAUCUGUCCUUUAGGGGUCGUAUCUAGUGUAGAGGCGUAACGUCAGAGGUUGACUGAGAACUAGACUCGUAAGGAAGCGAGGAAAAGUAUGUGACAAGCGCGUGUCGAUGAUAAUAUGUGACAGAAGCAUGCGUCGAUCGAUUGUAAUGAUCACGCCUUUGGUCAUGUGGGUCGUUCUCAGAUGCAUAAUGAAAUUUUUAAGUUCUUGGACAUUUUCGAAAAUUUCCUCUUAGGAUCUGUAAGAAAUAUUUUGAUCGUCGCUUCGAAAAAUUAUAUGACAUAUUUAAGACCUUCGUGACUGGAGGAAAAAUUCCACAUGUAAAAAUCAGCAGGUGAGACUUGUAAAGAAUGACUUGUUCAGCGAUGUUUUUUGAUCGGUGAGUUGAUGUCAGUGAGGGUGGCGAAUACAUGUUAUUGUGCCUGACUACUUGUGUCAAUAAAUUUCUUUUUUUUUUAAUUCCUAGAACAGACAAUACUUUUGCAUAAUUUAGUAAAGGUGGGAGAUUUCAUGUUUAAUUGCAAUGAAAUACACAGAACCGUUGUCAGAUGCGAAGUGACAUCUUUCUGUUAGUUUUCCAAACUUUUUAACGAACUUUCGCCUUCAUGUGAAUAGUCAAUCAAUGGAGAAGGAUUAAGUUGCAAAUGUCUGUCACACAAUAAGAAAAGGAACGAUUACUUGUUGCUUACAAGAACAAGUCCUUUGACCGAAUAACGAAACAACCAUAACAUGAAAUAUAAACAACGCAACCUGAUAACUUAUGUUCUCUAAAUGCCUCUUAAAUUUAGCUUCACGAUUAUUUCUCUUAGCAACACAGUACUUUCUUAAAACCUUUUUUUCUGUUUCUGUGUUGUAAAGAUGUUUCGUGUGAACUGUAACAAACGAAACAACUUUCAAGGCAUUGCUACUAAGGAGAUGAACUGGUACAUUGAAAUAUUAGGAAGCAGAAAAAGCUAAAGAUUCAAUUGAAUUAAUAAAGUUAGCUUCAUAGAU